AAAUGGGAGAAUGUCAGGGACUUAAUAAUAUCGAGGAUCAGACAAAAGCUCCCAGAAACCGAACAAGCGCUUUUGUCUUAAUCUCAUUUGAGAUCAGUCAUGUUCAUCAAAAUCCUCCUCUUGCUCUUGCUGGAGCCCUUUGUAGCUCUUGGUUCUGUGCCCCGUCUCGCAUCCCGUCAAAAUUUUGAAUGCGGCGUAAAGCCUGUCAAGUGUGGAGAUGGUUGGUGCUGCAUAUUCGGGGAGGUCUGUCAGGCCUCACCUGAUGCUGUGUUUGUUUGCGUCGAUAGCAUUCUUACCAAUUCCGACGGUUCAGCUGUCACCAACCCGGCACAGAACCCUGCAUCGUUCGACUCUCUUAUCAGUGGUAUUAUCAGCUCUGCAACUCAACCUUUGACAUUCACGCAAAAUGGAACCACACAAACGAUAUCGUUCUCGAUCUCUGCUCUGAGUACGAGUUCAAUCGACGUCUCCGGCUCGAGAGAUAGGUCGACCAUUACUCCCGCUCCAUCGGCAUCAGCACGUACUUCGACCAUCAUUCCGACGACUACCAGUGAAUCUUAUGGAGAGGCAUCUGUCGCAAUUAUGAAAGGAUGGUGGAUAGGUCCUAUUUUGGGCAUUGUUUUGAUGUUUGUUCUUUGAUUCGGGGAGAGAACUUAGUUUGAUAACUGGGAAGAGGCAGGCUAGCAAUACCUAGGUAACUAGUAGCUAGAUAGUUCUGAUUAUUUAACUUCUGUAUUUGAGCGGAAAAUGACAGUACUUAUUCAAUAUGAUUUCUUGUCGAAGACCUUUAGCCAACA